CUCUCUCUCUCUCUCUCUCUCUCUCUCUCACAUACACACUUCUGAUCUCUGAGUCCAUGUCUAGAGAUUGGGAGGAGUGUUUCUCUUCAAAGCCAAAUCAGAACUUCAGAUCCUUCGUCCAUUUCCUGUGUCCUGUUACUCUUAGCACCUCUGUCUCUCUCUCUGUCGUCCUCAUUGGCUUUCCUCUCCGCCUCACCCUUCUCUCUUGCUUUUGUUGGAUGCGGUUGGAAAUCUCCACUGCUUUGUUGGCACGGCAUUCAACUGAGUUUGUCCAAUAUAUCCGGCAAACCUUCUGCAACCGGCGAAGCAAGAUUUGGUUCCAAGAGCCAUUUGGGAGCGCCGAGUUCUGGAACUAUCGAGAGACCAUUCUGCCGUUGGCACUGGAGGUUAAGCACUUUGCCGCUCUCUCACCUGACCUCUCUCGACAUCCUGCCGCUGUUUCUCCCGCUUCCUCGCUGACUUCCAGGCACUAACCAGCUGGGUGAUUUUAUGAAGAGACACACCAGACGGACCUUAAGCCUGCACACUUACCAUCCUUUUUCCCUUUGACAACUCAACGUGGCUGAAACGUCCCUCUGGAGUACUUCUGUCAUGGUUCCUGUCAGGGGCUUGUCCUGCUCCGUGGUGCCCCAGUACGUCUCUCUCCUCCUGGGGCUGGCACUGCUGGUGCCCCUGGGGGUCUGGGGGCAGAACGACACAGAGGGCCUCGUGCUGGAGGGGAAGUGUCUGGUGGUGUGCGACUCCACGCCCACCGCUGAGCCCUCUGGGAACCCGCUGGGGAUGUCGGUGCGAUCGGGCACGGGCCGCGUGGCCUUCUCGGCGAUCCGCAACACCAACCACGAGCCAUCAGAGAUGAGCAACCGCACCAUGACCAUCUACUUCGACCAGGUUCUGGUAAACGUGGGGGCCCAUUUUGACCCGGCACGCAGCGUUUUCCUGGCGCCACGAAAAGGAGUCUACAGCUUCAGCUUCAAUGUGGUCAAAGUGUACAACAGGCAAACCAUCCAGGUCAGUCUGGUGUUAAACGGCUGGCCAGUGAUCUCGGCUUUUGCCGGGGACCAGGAUGUGACCAGAGAGGCUGCCACCAACGCCGGGCUGAUCACCAUGGAGAGGGGGGACAAGGCUUACCUCAAGCUGGAGAGGGGGAAUUUGAUGGGAGGGGCUCCCCCUGAAAAAAAUCCACCUCCGCCCAGGACAAACCUGUCCGUCGCCGUGCCAACAUCGAUUUGCUGUGUGGUCAGAGACCUGGAGUUCGGCAGCUGUUUGUCCGGUAAAAAUAGCACCUUCCCCUCCUCCGCCCCCCCCACCCCCCUCACCAUCCUUAUGGACUCGCAGAUUCAGGUGGGGUUGCUGGGAAGCCGAGUCACGUACGACCGUCACGCGUCGGCUGAACUAGCUGUCCCUCGUAGCGGGCAGAUCCGGUAG